AUGGAUCUCGCGUGGGGUUUGACCAACGUUUCUGGGCACAUUGCCAUGCAGGACCAAGGCAAGAUCUCGCCUGGAACUUUGAAGAAGCCCAAGAAGAAGACCAAGGGUCGACGAAACAAAGAGCGCAAGCCAAAGUCUAGCGGCCGAGUCUCCAAAUCCAAGGAGCAGUAUCAGCAAGUGGUUGAUGAAGUUGUGGCAUCGCCCAAAAGCAAGAGACAGCCACGAAACUCUGUGGGAAGUUGGGCUGGAUUGGAUCUUAACGCCUACCACUUCACCCAAGCGAUUGGCGGACGUGACCAAGACGAGGCGGCCGAGGAGGAAGUUCCAAAGGGAAACCUCCCUCGAAAGAGCAGUUGGGGCAAGCUUGAACUCGCUCUAGCAUCAGGAGAUGAGGAGAGUGUCGUUCGACCAUCAACAAGACGAAAGGGAACCCUUGACAGCUCAAGCCAUCACUCCAAGAGUAGUUGGGCUGGCCUGGAUAUCUUUGGAGAAAUGGAUCUUGCCGGAUACCGACUCGGCGACAGCGAUGACGAAGAGGAGGAGGAAACAGAGCACGACUUUGAGUUUGACGUUCAGCAGGCCAAGCAAACUGAUGUCGACCAUGGCACCCUAGACACUGUCGAUGACACGAGAAGCUUUGCAUCAGAAGCUGAUGCUGACAACGGAGAGAGUUUUGGUAAUGGCUCCAGCAAGAACCGCCACUGGCUCGACUUUGAUGUGAAUGAUCUUUCCGACUCGGAUUCAGAGUCCGACAGUGAAGAUGAAUUCGCUGAUGAUGAUGAAUCGUCUUCCGAAGAAGAUGACGGCUACGAUAGUGAAUAA